AUGGAGUGUGCAAAGGGAGUGCGGGCAUGGCUCAUGCUGGUGGGCAAGCCGUGGGCCGGGAAGCCUCCGGGGUGGCCGCUGUUGGAGAGCUUCUCGCAUCGGGCCUGUUCGGGCGCAGGAGGUGGCGGUGAAGGCGGCAGUGGGGAGUAUUUCCAUCCCGAAAAGCAUUUGAGAAUGAAAGCAAUGGUGACCAAGUUCUACAAGCACAUCCUAUCCAUUACAUUUGCUAUCCAUGAAAUCAACGAGAAUCCCAAGAUCUUGCCCAAUGUCUCUCUGGGCUCUCACAUCUUUGACAGCUACUAUGAUGGGAAGUUGACUUACUGUAGUACUCUGGGCCUGCUCUUCAAAUCACAGAGGUUUGUCCCCAACUACAAAUGUGACACCCAGAAAAACCUCAUAGCCAUCAUUGGAGGACUCGAUGCUGAUACCUCCUUCCACAUGGCCGAAAUUUUAGCUCUUUAUAAGACGCCACAGCUCACAUAUGGUUCCUUUGCCAGAGAGGGGACGGAGGCCGCCACGUUCCCUUUCUUUUACCGCACAGUCCCAAAUGAAUCCCAUCAAUAUAUGGGCAUUAUCCAGUUGCUUCUCCAUUUUGGAUGGAUAUGGGUUGGGCUCUUGGCUGUGGAUGAUGAGAGUGGAGAACAUUUCCUAAAGACCGUAGAACCAUUGCUUUCCAAAUAUGGAAUCUGCUUGGCUAUCACAAGGAGAAUCCCAAAACAAACCAACUGGAAUCAUCACUCUGAAGUGAAACGUUAUUUUUCAAAUAUCGAUAAAAACUUUGAAGAUAUCAAAGUCAAUACAUUUAUCUUCUAUGGAGAUUCUAUGACUUUUGUAACAUUCAAUUCUCUCAUGUUUUUAGGAAAUCCUGAAUAUCAGGAAAAUGUGUUACUUAGGAAGGUGUGGAUUCUGACAGGACAGAUUGAUUUUGCAACAUCGGGCCUUCAAAGAGGAAUGGGUUUUCAGUUUUUCCAAGGUGCCAUUUCCUUUACAGUCCAUUCAAAUGAGAUUCCAGGGUUCCAGAAAUUCCUUCAGAAUGUGAACCCACAAAGGGCACAAGGGGAUACUUUUCUCAAGGAAUUUUGGGAGCAAGCUUUCUUCUGCCCACUUCCAGAUCCCGAAGGACCAGUGAAUGUUGAGGAGACGUGUACCGGGGAAGAGAAGUUGGAAGACCUCCCUGCACCUGUUUUUGAAAAGCACAUGACUGGCGACAGUUACAGUAUCUAUAAUGCGGUCUAUGCUGUGGCCCAUGCAUUGCAUGCCAUGUACACAUCUAAAUCUAAACACAGGGCAAGAACAGGUGCUAAAACAGUUAAAAUUGAAGAUCUCCAUCCUUGGCAGCUCCACCUAUUUCUUCAAAGGAUUUCGUUCAACAAUUCGGCUGGAGAAAGGCUGGCGUUCAAUGAUAACCAGGAAAUGGAAGGCGGGUUUGACCUAAUAAACCUGGUCACGUUCCCAAACCAUUCUUUCCUCAGAGUGAAAGUUGGAAGAGCGGAUCCCUGUAGUUCCCAAGGAGAAGGCUUCAGCGUCAACAAGGAGAAGAUUGUGUGGCAAUCUCAUUUUGACCAGGUGGUGCCCCUCUCUGUAUGCAAUCACCCCUGCUCCCCUGGUCAUUUGAAGAAAAAGAAAGAAGGGGAGAAAUUUUGCUGCUACCAUUGUGACAAAUGCCCAGCAGGGAAGAUUUCAGACAAGAAAGAUAUGAAUGAUUGUUUCAAAUGCCCAGAAGAUCAAUAUCCAAGUAAGGACCGUGAUCAAUGUAUUCCCAAGAAAAUAAGCUUUCUGUCAUAUCAAGACCCUUUAGGGAUCACUUUGACUUCGGUUGCUGUUUCUUCAACUUUGGUUGCUGCGUUGGUGUUAGGAAUUUUCAUUAAGCACAGAGACACUCCCAUAGUCAAAGCAAACAACCGGGAUAUUACGUAUACACUUCUGGUUUCCCUCCUACUCUGCUUCCUUUCAUCUUUACUAUUUCUUGGGCAGCCUCGGAAAAUGACUUGCUGUCUUCGACAAAUUGCUUUCAGCAUCAUCUUUUCCAUGGCUUUGUCUUGUGUCUUGGCCAAAACCAUCACUGUGGUUGUAGCUUUCAUGGCCACCCAACCAGGAUCCAGCUUGAGGAAGUGGGUGGGGAAAAGACUGACCAACUCCAUUGUCCUUUUCUGUUCCUUUACUCAAGGAGCCAUCUGCACAGUGUGGAUAGUCAAAUCUCCCCCUUUCCCAGCUAUGAAUAAAGAAUCAGUGAUGGAAGAAAUUGUACUAGAAUGCAAUGAAGGCUCUGUUGUGAUGUUUUACAUUGUCCUGGGCUACAUGGGACUUCUUUCUUUCAUCAGCUUGAUCGUGGCAUUCCCAGCCAGGAAACUGCCAGAUAGUUUCAAUGAAGCCAAGUUCAUCACCUUCAGCAUGCUCAUCUUUUGUAGUGUUUGGUUGUCUUUUGUUCCAACCUACCUGAGCACCAAAGGGAAAUACAUGGUAGCCGUUGAGAUCUUCUCCAUGUUGGCUUCCAGUGCUGGGUUACUGCCCUCUAUCUUUUCACCCAAAUGCUUCAUUAUUCUUCUGAGGCCUGAGCUGAACAACAGAGAGCAACUAAUACGGAAGAAAACAUCAAGAAACUGA